CUGAGGAAACUGGGGCGGCGCAGAUUUGGCUUUCCGUAGGUUUGAGAGACUCGGAGUCGGGGACGCUUAGUGGACACCAGGUGUGCCCGCGGAGGCCAGAAGAAGGCAUCCUAUCCCAGCAGCUGGAUCCCCCAUGCGGGUGCUGGGAAUCGAACUUGGAUCUUCUGCAAGAGCAGCCAGUGCACUUAACCGCUGCCUCAUGUCUCCAGCCUCACAGUUUCCCACAGAGAAACAUCGAAGAGCCAACUGACGCCUGCACUUCUAACACCAUGGCCCUGGCCCAGGGUUUAGUGACGUUCAGGGAUGUGGCUGUAGAUUUCUCACAGGAAGAGUGGGACUUCCUGGACUCUGCCCAGAAGAGCCUGUACAGGGACGUGAUGCGGGAGAACUACAGCCACUUCGUCUCGCUGGCAGGACCUUCCAUUUCUAAGAGAGAUGCGAUUACCUUGCUGGAUGAAGGCGGGAAGGAGCCUGAGAUAAUUGUGAGAGAAGGGAGAAGAUACUGUCCUGAUUUGGAGUCCAGAUUUAAGACCAAUACUUCACCAGCAGACAAGGAUAUUUAUGAAUUAUAUUCAUUACAAUGGGACUUGAUGGAGAAAAUUAAAAGCUGCAGCCCUCAAGGUUCUUGUCUUAAAGAUGAUUGGGAAUACCAAAGCGAGAUUGAGCGACAAAAGGAACCACAGAAAGGUUAUUUGGGGCAGCUGAAAAUUACCUCUGAAAAAGGCACAUACAAAAAGCACAGUUUCCUUACUGAGUAUCAGAAAGUUCAGAAUGGAGAAAAGUUCUAUGAAUGUAAAGAGUGUAGGAAGACCUUUAUCCGCCGCUCAACUCUUAGUCAACACUUGAGAAUCCAUACUGGUGAGAAACCUUACAAAUGCAAGGAAUGUGGGCAGCCCUUCAGACAGCGCGCACACCUUAUCCGACACUACAAACUUCACACUGGGGAGAAGCCCUAUGCGUGUAAGGAAUGUGGGAAGGCCUUUACAGUGCUCCAAGAACUCACCCAACAUCAGCGACUGCAUACUGGUGAAAAGCCGUAUGAAUGCAAGGAGUGUGGAAAGGCCUUUCGGGUACAUCAGCAGCUGGCUCGGCAUCAGAGGAUUCACACUGGGGAGAAACCCUAUGAGUGCAAGGACUGUGGGAAGACCUUCAGACAGUGUACACACCUCACCCGACACCAGAGACUUCACACUUCUGAGAAGCUGUACGAAUGUAAGGAGUGCGGGAAAGCCUUCGUGUGUGGCCCAGACCUUCGAGUACAUCAGAAAAUCCACUUCGGUGAGAAGCCCUAUGCAUGUAAGGACUGUGGCAAGGCCUUCAGGAUAUGCCAACAGCUGACCGUCCACCAGAGUAUCCAUACUGGGGAGAAACCCUAUGAUUGUAAGGAAUGUGGGAAGGCCUUCCGAUUGAGGCAACAGCUUGUUCGCCACCAGAGAAUCCACACCCGUGAGAAACCCUAUGAAUGUGUAGACUGUUGGAAGACCUUCAGUAGUUACUCCCAGCUGAUUUCCCAUCAGAGUAUUCAUGUUGGUGAGAGACCCUUUGAGUGCGAAGAAUGUGGGAAAGCCUUCAGACUGCUCUCCCAGCUCACUCAGCACCAGAGCGUCCACACGGGGGAGAAACCUUACGAAUGCAAGGAGUGUAGGAAACCUUUCCGACUGCUCUCCCAGCUCACUCAGCACCAGAGCAUCCACACGGGGGAGAAGCCUUACGAAUGCAAGGACUGCGGGAAGGCAUUUAGACUUUACUCAUUUCUUUCUCAGCAUCAGCGGAUCCACACUGGUGAGAAACCCUACAAAUGUAAGGAAUGUAAGAAGGCCUUCCGACAGCACUCACACCUCACCCAGCAUCAGAAGAUCCACAGCGGAACCUAGGCAAAACCUGUUCUGUGUUACAUUUGCAAAAUGUCAGGAAAUUCAGUUGUGAGAGUAAUUUAUUUCAUGCUUAUUCAUAAGCAAAGAAAGACUGUGUUGCUUUAAAAGCCCUCCAUUCUCACCUAAGUGUUACCUAUCUUCAGCAAAUUCCUGUGAAAGAGUAAUUUGAUGAAUGUAGGAAAAUCUUUAGUCUUAUCUGUUAUCAUCUCCAUUUAACUACACUAUUAAUGCCUUGUUUUUCUCACUGUCAAAAUAGUGUCCCUGUCAAAAUACACGCUGUAUUUAUUAUUGUGUAACAAAUUACUAGAAAAACAGUACUUUAAAUAAUAUAUAUUUAUUAUCUAAAAAUUUCUAUAGAUGGAAAGUCCAGGCAAGCCAUAGUUGGGUCUUUGAGGUUUCAGAUAAGACUGGGCUUUCAUCUGAAGGCUUAACUAGAGCAGGAUCCACAUUGCAGGUAACAGGCUAGAUAGCUCAAACAUCUGAAUUCUUUGAGAGCUGAUACAGUGAAAUCUUCAGUUUCUGGAUGGCCAUUGGCUGAGAGAUGAGUGCAGUUCCUGGCCACAUUGACCAUCUAAUGUGGCUGCUGGUUAUGUUUUUGUUGUGUUUGUUUGUUUUGAGAUAGGGUUUCUGUGUGUAGCUCUUGCUGUCCUAGAGCGGUCCUGGCCUCAAACUCACAGAAAUCCACCUGUCUCUGCCCCCGAAUGCUGGGAUUAAAGGUGUGCACCACCCAGCGUAGCUGCUUUUUAAUGAGAUUGUGGGAUCUAAGAAAGUUGACCGCUAGCAGGAUGGAGGUCAGCUAGCAAGACUGAAGUUAUAAUCCGUGUAAUCUAAUCAUAAAAGAAACAUCAAAUCAUUCUAUCGCUUUCUACUGGUUAAAAGUAAGUUCUCAGACGCAAGAAGAUUGCAUGAAAUUGAAUACUACAAGAUGGGACCAGUGAUAACCAGGUCAGAGCCCACCUGCUGUACUGUCUAAAAGAAUCGAUUUAAGAACAGAGUAGUUAACACUUGACAGACUAGCAGUCAUGGUAGCAUGUAUCCUAUAAAUAAUGUCUAUGAUUGUCAUCAGCAUUGUCAGUUCAUAUAAAAGGAAGAUGCUCCUGUGGAAGUAAUAAAUGUAGAAAUGCUUCCUUCA